CUGGAGUAUUUGUUGAUAUCCUCCACCCGCACAAAUAGUCGGUGAUUUUAAUAUUUUAGAUGUAGCUCCCUAUAGAAGCUAUUAAACGGCCCAAAAUGACGUAUGACGAGCGCAGUGACGGCAGCAGUUCAAGCGAAACGCCGGACACCUUUCCCCAAAUGUUGUCCCAGAAACCGGGACAAUCCCAACCGCCGGCAACAGCGAUGCCCAAACAUAUUCCAUUCCCGGACCACGCCACCACCUCCGAGUGGCUCAGUGAGCUGAUCAUGUGCGCCUUUACGAUGGGUUCAGCAAUAGUACAGUUCAUAAAUAUCUACAGAACCAAUUGGUGGCUUCCACAGGCUCAUACAAGGCACAUGGUGAACAUAGAUCUAAUUGAUCCGUAUCUGCGCUAUUUAUUGUUUAUUCUUAACACCCGAAGACUGAUAUACUGCUUGCUGUUGAUAAAAAUAAGGAAAUUUGACGAAAAUACCCAAAAUUGGAUUCGUUUGGGAGUCAAAUACGGAUUUGGGGGGCUCGUGCAGAUUGGAUUAGGUUUCUGUGCGAUGAAACUUUAUCAACAACACUCCUACAUAUUGCUACUUUUCCUUUCGUAUCCGGUGAUUAUCUACUUGUUGAUCUUUGGCUUCCAGCUGGAGCCCUUCUUGCGCACCAGAUUCGAGCUACCAGGCGUUUAUAUCAAUGACAUGCCCGUUCACAGUUGCACCACCAAUGCGGUGCAUAUAAGAGACGAGGUGGAAACACUACGACAUGACUUCAAUCGAAGAUUCAAACAGCUUAUCUUCACCUCUAUGCUCAAUGCCUACUACAGCGGCCUGGUUCCCUGUUGCCUGGCCGUGAACGUCCAGUACAAUGUGAUUAGGGCGGCCCAACACUGUUUAGGGGUUUGUCUAGGGGCGUUCAGUUUGUGUGCGGUGUUUCUGUAUCCAGCCAAGUACUCUGACACACUGCACAGAGCCACCUUACAUCUAGGGUGCUGGCAACGCAUAGGAACAGUGCCAGUGCAGCUGAUCGCAGCGGCCAAUGCAUCAACUUGGUCAAAGUAUUCAUCCUAUGGCCACGGCACUGUGGUUAAGCACAACGGAGGGCUAUAUCGUAGUCAUGGAGUGGUCACUGUGGCCACGCCGGGAAACACCAGCCAUGCGAGGUUUUAUAAACUUUUCCACAAUCCCACUACUAUCUACUCCACGCUGGCUAUUCUUCAGGCGGCUGUCUUGCUGGUUGAAAUUGGAUCGCUUAGUGCCGAGAGCGUCGAAUGGCAUUUUGUGUUGUCCAUUAGCUUCGUAGCCUUUACCAGCAUGGGCGCAUUCUUCAAGUUGGUGCGCGACUAUCUGAUCACCAAAGAUUUGUACAAGGCGGAGUAUGCGGUUGCUGCCGAUCAACCAUUUCGACUGAAAGAAUGAAAGACGCGUUUAUGUAACAAAAACGAUAAGAAACCAUGACUUUUAUUCAACA